UAAAAAUUUCAUACUUCAGUCUGUUAAUACUCAUAAAAUACGACAAGCACGAAAACAUACAAAUCCUUAACAUUUCUCACGAAAAUUGAUAAUCAUGGUCCAAGAUCUAACUGAGGAGCAAAUAGCCGAAUAUAAAGAGGCUUUUGCUCUUUUCGAUAAGACUGGCACUGGAUUGAUAAGCACUCGCGAGUUGGGAAAUCUGAUGAAAUCGUUGGGUCAGAAUCCGACUGAGGCAGAGCUAAGGGAUCUGGUCAAUGAGAUCGAUAUUAACGGUGAUGGUGAAAUUGAUUUUAAUGAAUUUUGCAAUCUUAUGUCCAAGCAAUCGCAUGAGGGUGAUGCCGAUGAGGAGCUUCGAGAGGCAUUCAAGAUCUUCGACAAGGAUGAGGAUGGUUUCAUAUCGCCAGCCGAACUAAGAUUCGUCAUGACGAAUCUGGGCGAAAAGUUAACCGACGAGGAGAUUGAUGAUAUGAUACGCGAAGCAGACUUUGAUGGCGAUGGUCUUAUCAACUAUGAGGAGUUUGUUUAUAUGAUUACACAGAAGUAAAUUUCGAACUAAAAAAAUAAUAAUAAUGUAAAU